UUUGACACCCCCUAUUCCUGAAGUUAAGCAAAGAUAGAGAGAGAGUGUGUUUUUUAAGAUGAAAGAAAGAGUGAGAGUCCAAUACAAAGCCAAAAACGCCAUUGAUUUCUGUUGUGAGUUACAGAACUUUUGCAACAGGUGGAGGGCGUUUUGGACCCCCAUGUUUCCUCUGUCUUCACCAUCCAUCCGUCACUCUUUGCUUGGCCACUCGCUAACCACCACCACCACCAGCACCAACCCCUAUGCACAAACCAAACCAUUUCCCUUAACCCUGGUUUGCACUCACCCCCUAUUCACACGCAGCCACAUUCUCCUCAUUAUUAUUACCAUCCAUGAAUCCGCUCCUCACAUUUGGUCACCACACUCAUUAACCCUAUCUACACACAGAGAGAGAGAGUGUGUGUGUGUUGUAGUAAAAGUAAAAGGAAGCAAAGGGAGAGAAUGGGGAGAGGCGUGAAUGCAGGAUGCACAAAUGUCAUAAAAACCAGACCCAAUCCUUGCUAAAAAUAGAAAAAAUCCAAAUAAAGAAAAGAGAAGAAAAAAAAAAAAAGAAAAGAAGAAAAGGGUAGACUCCACUACUCCUACUUGUGUUGGGUUGGGGAAAGAGAGUCCACCAUUGAUCUGUUUAACACCAAACCCCACACCCAUUUCGUGAUUGCCGAGCGUCGUUCAUAUCUGCACACACACUGAGACUGAGAAGGAAGUAGUACAGUCACAGAAAACCAAAAGCACUGUGUGUGAGUGUAAAGAAAAAUAAAAACCCUAAGCUAAUGAUGAUGGAUGAGCGACAGCGAGAGAAGGUGCUUCACAAAACCGAGGCCUGUGGUUUCGUGGCAGGUGUUGGCUCCGACCUUGGACAUGUCACCGUGCCAGGGGACAACACCAACAACGUUUCUCAUUCUCAUGGGUCGGGUCGGAUCCACCACUUUGGUCUAGUUCCUGCUUUCGGAACUGUUCACAGGAAGAAGAGGAUGCCGAGGCAACGAAGAUCCUCUAACCCCUCUUUGCUCAUGCACCAACCCAACCACCCUCGCUUUCUUCCUCCUCCUCCUCCCUCUUCCUCCGCCUCCGCCUCCGCCUCCUCGCACGUGCCUCUCUCCGCCACUCUCCUGCCCGCACGUGAAAUCGAUCAUAGAAGGUUGAGAUUCCUUUUCCAAAAGGAGUUAAAGAACAGUGAUGUUAGCUCCCUUAGGAGGAUGAUAUUACCAAAGAAAGCAGCAGAGGCUUUCCUUCCUGCCCUUGAUUCAAAAGAAGGAAUUGUAAUCAGCAUGAAUGAUAUAGAUGGUCUUCAUGUAUGGAGUUUCAAAUACAGGUUUUGGCCUAACAACAAUAGCCGGAUGUAUGUACUUGAAAAUACUGGAGACUUUGUCAACACUCAUGGCCUACGCUUUGGAGAUUCCAUUAUGGUUUACCAAGAUAGUCAAAACAAUAAUUAUGUUAUUCAGGCGAAAAAGGCUUCUGAUCAGGAUGAAUUUAUUGAAGAAACUAGUGACACCAUCAAUGAUAUCUUCCUUAAUGAUUAUGAGGUGAACAAACCUGGUUGCUUCGAUGUAACCUAUCCUGCAGUGAACGAUACAGGGAUGUCAUUCAUAUAUGAAACUACCUUCUCAAAUGACUCCCCACUUGAUUUUUUGGGUGGAUCAAUGACAAAUUUUUCAAGGAUUGGACCAGUUGAAACCUUUGGCUCUGUGGAGAAUUUGUCACUUGAUGACUUCUAUUAAGGGCACUACAAGGAGGCACCGAUUAACAUGCAUGGUACCAAGACUAGCACUGUUAAGUGUGUGCUUCUUUAUUUGGUACUAAAGAAACAUAAAAAAAAAGUGUGCUUUUUUUGUUGUUGUCAUGACCAUGAGAGGAUUUGUGUAGAAGAAUAAAAAGAGUAGCCAGUGGGCAUGUUUUGUGUUCCUCUCUCUUGAACAAGUGGGACUGCUCUAUAUCAUGUAUUCCUUGUAUUUUUUGUUGAACAGCAUGAUAAAUGAUUUGAAAGUUCAUU